AUGAAGUCUAUCAAGCCCAGUGGUCUGAGAUACAUGAGUGCUUCUUGGAGUCAUACUUUUUUAAAUCAUUAUGGGGCCAGUAUUUAUGAGCGUUAUAGGAUCACAAUAACAUCUAAAGGGGUAGCUACGUCCUACGAAGCCAUCCCAGAUAUUUUUGCUUUCAUUGAUCUAUCAGACAACAGAUUUGAAGGACAGAUUCUUGAGGUGUUUUGGAAUCUUAAGGCCCUUCACUCUAUGAAUGUCUCCAACAACAUGCUUACUGGUUGCAUCCCAUCAUCAUUGGGGAAUUUAACAGAGCUUGAGUCUUUGGACCUUUCUCGAAACAACCUCUCAUGUCAUAUCCCUGAAGAACUAAAGCAACUUGGAUUCCUCUCAAGCUUUAACGUCUCCCACAAUAAUGUCACAGGGCCUAUACCUCAAGGGAAGCAGUUUUACACAUUUGCUAGCAGUUCAUUUGCUGGGAACCCAGAAUUGUGUGGUGAGCCAUUGCUAAAGAAAUGUGGAAAUUCAGAGUCCUUGCCAUCACCUUCUGAAGAAGAUCAUAACGAUUCAAAGUCCAUAUUCAAAAUGGACUGGAUAUUUAUAUUGGCAGGUUUUAUAAGUGGGCUAGUUGUCGGAGUUGUUCUUGCUGACAUUAUGAUGAAAAGGACACCUAGAUGGUUGGUUGAGAUGCUAUCCAAAAGGAUCAAAAAGCGAAGGAGGGGAAGGAGACGUUGA